GAUGGCGCGCCGGAAGCCUGCCUAAACGGCGACGGACCGCCUCAUUCUUGGUUUCAGUCGGUAAACAUCGGUAUUUUCCGUAAACCAUUAAGGAUGGAGGAAGAGGCACGCAAGCUUUUCGAAGAGGGAAUAGUAAAGAAACUGAGAAGUCCUGGAAAAGGAGAGCUGUCGACCUUUCCGAAUGGAACCAAGGUCGUCUUUCACUACCGCACAAGCCUGUGUGAUGGCACGGUUCUGGAUGACUCCAGAACCAUGGGUGGACACAGCAAACCUAUGGAGCUCAUCCUGGGCAAGAAAUUCAAACUGGCUGUAUGGGAAAGAGUACUCAUCACUAUGAAAGAAGGGGAGAUUGCAGAAUUUACCUGCGAUACCAGGCACACUUCACUGUACCCGCUGGUGUCCCAGUCACUGAGGAACAUAAGUGUUGGUAAGGACCCUCUGGAGGGCCAGAGGCAUUGCUGCGGCAUUGCUCAGAUCCACUCCCACCACUCAUUAGGACAUAAAGAUCUGGAUCACCUUCAGGCCAGCCCACAGCCUCUUGUCUUCACUAUUGAGCUACUAGAGGUUCUUCCUCCUGGUUCCUUCCAGCUGGAUAUGUGGGCCAUGAGUGACAAAGAGAAGCUUGACCUCGUGCCUCACAUUCAUGAAGAAGGAAAUGUGCUCUUCAAACAAGGCAAAAUCAAGGAGGCAUCAGAGAAGUACUACAAUGCCAUUGCCUGCCUCAAAAAUCUACAGAUGAAGGAGCAUCCUGGAGCUGAAACCUGGGUGAAAUUAGACCUUAUGAUCACGCCACUGCUUCUCAACUACUGUCAGUGCCAGUUGCUGCAGGGCCAGUACUACGAGGUCAUCGAACACUGCUCCUCCUUGGUCUUCAAAUACGAGGAUAACGUGAAGGCCUACUAUAAACGAGCCAAAGCGCAUGCGGCCGUGUGGAAUGAGAACGAGGCUCGAGCCGACUUCGCCAAGGUGCUGGAGCUGGAUCCGUCUCUGGAAGCCUCCGUGAACAAGGAGCUGAAGACCAUGGAGGAGAGGAUCCGCUCCAAGCAGCAGGAGGAGAAAGGGCGUUACAAGGGCCUGUUUGACUUCAACACACGGCCAGCUACUGCCACCACAGGCUGAACCUUGUAGCAGAUCAGGCUGCCAGCGAAUUUCAAGACUGAGGAGAAAUAUGAGACUUGAGAUGUUCUUGGUGUUUUGAUUUUAUCUGCACUUAAGCCAAACAUGCUGCCAACCCGCUCCCCAUCAGGCACACACACCAACACCACGAGCAUUUGUCCUCUGAAUCCACGCUCUGUGAAUGUGAAGCUCUGAUUGGAUCAAAACGUCUGUAAUGGCCCGCGUUGGUUCAGCGCAGCGUAUUUUCCACUUUAAGGGAACACGUCAUCUUGUAUUUAUUACAAAGCCUUUAAAGGUUUUGCAAAUGUCAAGUUUUGGUUAAAAUUCUGCUCCCUGUAGUGAGCGUCCAGAGUUUAGAGAUCUGCAAGAAUUCUCAAAAGACAACUUGUUUUUCCUCUCAUCAGUUUAUCAACAGCUUUUAUUAUAAAUACUAAAACCAUAGCACUUGUAACCAGGAGGUUAUGCAUAGCCUUUUUCCUUUUUUAUAUAUCUGCAAAGCUAUUAUGUAAUACUGGAGUAAUCCCUUUUGUCACAUCUUCAUGUCCACCCUGUUAUUUCACCAGUGAGUUCAAAGGUUAGACACGGAGCCCGACUGGUCUAACGAUCACUAAAUGAAACAACGAUUUGUUUGCUUCUCUGUUCUCCCCCGUGUGUUUAUGUCCAGGGUUGGGCAUCAUUUGAAUUUGAACGAUUCCUACUCUUUGUUUGGAUCCAGAUUUUUUCGGGGGUCAAACUUUUAACCGAGCCACCUAACCACAGGUCUGACUUGAUGAAAUGGUCUGAGCUUCUCCAUGAAUUUUAAUUUGAUGAACUUUCUGAAGUGAAGCCACACUUGGAACACAAUGAUGCAAACGCUUCUGGCAGAUCCUUGGAUUCUUCUUCGACGGUAUUGGGAAACUAGGAACCGAUUUAUGAUUUGAAAGAUUCAAAAGGGGUUUUAAUGACGCCAAUUAGACUACUUUGGUUUCUUGAAGACGCUUGCUUCUCAUCCGAGGAGGUUUGUCAAUUCUGACUGGAAUAUUGGAGGGUCAAGCUUAUGAGCUGUAGCCGUUUACCUUUGCUUAACAAGCCGAAACUACUUAUGAAUACCCCCUUCUCCUGAUGAGUUGUCAGGGUCGUUAGCCUCUAUUGUGAGGGAGUCCUGUUGAUUAGAUGCAUGAGGGUGUGACUAAUCAAUACAACUCCCAUAUCACGGUUAGAAUUUCCAAAGCUCCUCAGAUGAAAAGCAAACAUCUUCAAGAAACUGAAAGAGUCCAUUUGCCUUCAUUCAAACCCUUUUGAAUUAUCGCGACUUGGAUGACUGAGAACAUUCACCAGCAUUUUGAAAGUUUCUGGGAAAAACUGAUAAAUCAGUCCUGGUAACAAAAUGAUGCUUGAUGCCCAACCGUACUUAUGUCAUGUAUUUAAUGAAAAUGCACCCAUUGUUUUGUUUGUGAAGGAUGUACUCUGCACAUUUCCCCUCUUAAGAACUUUUUAUUCAUCUUUGGAAAACUCCAUCUGCAGCUUUUCUGGAGUGUUUGUGUUUAUACAUAUAAAAGUAUACUUGUUUAUCCCCACACUUGUCUUUUAAAGUGAAAUUUCUCAAAAGUGAUCAUUGAAAUAUAAAUGCAGAAACAGAUCAUAGGUUACUUAUUAGAAUGUUUUGCAGCUUUUAUUUAUUUUUGACUGUAUUAUAACUCAUACUAGUUGCUAUGGAAGGUUUUUGGUUAUCUUAACAGUUUAAGGAUUUUCAAUCACAAAUUUUUACCAAAAGAUGAAUUUGUAUAAGCUCCCCCAAAAACAGAAAACAUAGAAAAGUUAUUUUCUUCUUAUUUAAUUAAGAUAUACAUACUGAACUGCAAAAAUUGGUUUUACAAAAUGUCUUUAACAAACUGACUUGAGAUGCAAAUAGGUUUUUCGGGAAUGAGAGAAAUUAAUGUGAGCUUACACAAAAAAAUAAAAACAAAGGGACAGGAGUCAUAAAGCUGACGUUCUUAGUCACCCGUCAUCAUUACACAAACACUCACUGCUGCUCAUUUUACGUGAGUUCUACACAGAACAAGUACAAAAUUUUGUUUCGCAAAAUCUAAAUGUUGCAAAAAUUAUAAUGAACUUGGUGAAAUGCAGUAACGUGGCGCUCCUAGAAAAGCACGAGGUGGAAGGAUGAAGGCUGGCUGAAAAAGUAUCCAAUAAGAAGGAUGAUGAGGAGCUGCUAAAAGAGGAGAGUGUCCGGUGAAGGGAUGUUUAUUCAGGAAGGGUUAUGUUCGAGCGCUUCUCUCUGUUUCUGCAAGACACUCCCUGACCAGAGCACGGGCGUGGAUUAUACCUGCAAAAACCAAACACACACAUCCUUUUAAGUCAACAGGAUCAGACUAUUACCUGCAGUGGCUAAUGCUCUGUUUUUAUGGCUGCAGUUAAAGGAAAACACAAAUCCACCACUCAGCACCAACCCAAGAUAAAUACCUCUCUUUAGCCUCUCCAUUGCACUCUUGCUGCCAGCAUACGUAGGCCUGAUCUCACGACUCAUCUCCUCGAUGACAGACAGAAGUUCACUGUAGGUGGACCCCUGGGACACUUUGACCGGCUG